UGGGAGCAGCUAGGGUUUUGGGUACGGGUUCUCCUCCAAUCAGUGGUAACACGAAUCUUGGAAAUGUCGAUGAUGCAACGGAACGGACGCAGCAAGAGCGUGUUGAAGCGUUCGAAGAAGUACUUGGAGGAAGCGCUUUACGUGAAGCUCUUCAGAGAUGGAAGUUCCCAACUCAACGUUCGUCAGAAUCUCAACAACUUCAUCAAAAGCGGAAAGCGCGUUUACAAAUGGGAGGUUGGCGACACCCUCAAGAAGCUUCGCCACCGCAACCUCUAUCAACCCGCUCUUAAGUUGUCAGAAACCAUGUCUAAGAGGAACAUGAACAAGACUGUCAGUGACCAUGCCAUUCAUCUCGACCUGCUUGCGAAGGCCCGAGGAAUUACUGUCGCUGAAAAUUAUUUCGUUAAUCUCCCGGAAUCUGCUAAGAAUCAUCUAUGUUAUGGUGCCCUUCUGAACUGUUACUGCAAGGAAUUGAUGACUGAAAAGGCUGAAGCUCUUGUGGAUAAGAUGAAGGAGCUUAGCCUUCCUUUUAGCUCCAUGCCUUGCAACAGUCUUAUGACUCUCUAUACAAAAGUAGGGCAGCCAGAAAAGGUUCCAUCCAUCAUACGGGAAAUGAAGGAUAGCAAUAUCAUGCUGGAUACUUACACGUACAAUGUCUGGAUGAGAGCUCUUGCUGCUGUUAAUGAUAUUUCUGGUGCUGAAAGGGUUCAUGAAGAGAUGAAGCGGGACGGUCGAGUCACUGAAGAUUGGACUACCUAUAGCAACUUAGCAUCACUUUUAGUUGAUGCUGGCUUGUUUGAUAAGGCAGAGGUGGCCCUCAAGGAAUUGGAGAAGAGAAAUGCUUUCAAAAAUCUUAAUGCUUACCAGUUUCUAAUUACAUUGUAUGGGCGAACGGGUAACUUAUUCGAGGUUUAUAGGGUCUGGCGUUCACUGAGGCUGGCAUUUCCCAAAACUGCAAACAUAAGUUAUCUUAAUAUGAUUCAGGUGUUGGUUAACUUGAAAGAUCUCCCAGGAGCAGAGAAAUGUUUCCGGGAGUGGGAAUGUGGCUGUCCCACUUAUGAUAUUCGAGUUGCAAAUGUUCUGAUAAGGGCAUACACAGAAUUAGAUAUGCUGGAGAAGGCUGAAGAGUUCAAGGAGCGUGCUCGGAGAAGGGGUGCCAAGCCUAAUGCAAAAACCUGGGAAAUCUUUUUGGAUUACCAUUUGCGGAAAGGAGAGGUUAAGUUGGCAGUGGAUUGUCUAGACAAAGCAAUAUCAAUUGGUAGAGGGAAUGGUGAGAAGUGGGCACCAUCGUCAGAGAUCAUUGAUUCGAUGAUGAGGCAUUUUGAGCAAGAGAAGGAUGUUGAUGGUGCAGAAGAAUUUCUAGAGAUCUUGAAGAAAUCUGUGGAUUCCCUAGGGGUGGAGGUGUUUGAAUCCUUGAUCAGAACUUAUGCAGCUGCUGGGAGAACCAGUUCGGCUAUGCAACGGCGAUUGAAGAUGGAGAAUGUGGAGGUGAGUGAAGACACCAAAAAGUUACUUGAGGCAAUUUCUGUGGAGUGACUCAUGAUGCUUUCAUCCUUCAAUUUUUGAUUGUUGUAAAUUGAGAUGCUGUGGUCUAUCAGCACAUUUUGCUUUGGUGAUAGAAUUUGGUAUUUCGAUUUAUACAUUUUGGAAUGGCGAAUGCUGUCAAUCAUUGAAGGCCUCCUCUUAUUUGAUUAUUGAAUAAUGAAAUACUGGGAAGGAGCAUACAUAAAAGUGCUUCACCAAUGGGAUUUAAGUGUUUGGUUUCGCGUGAA